AACUAAUCCAGUUCAUUCCACCGGAUCAGUUCACCUGAACUCCUGACGAAUGUUCAUGCGCGGUGCAGGUGAGCUUCACCGGAUACAAACUUUCGAGGCAGCACUUUACUUUUUUUUUUUUAGUCUUUUAAAGCGAGUCCUUAAUAGUUUCGGUCAACUUUAAAACAGACUUUGUGAUUGUUUUAAAACAAUCUUCAAACACUUCUGAGGAAUGUGGCGGAUCUGAAACAAUACUGUUUACUGUCAAAGUCGCACGAGUCAAUCUUAAAAGGAAAUCAUGGCAACAGGAGGAUUUAAAUCUAACAGCGCGACAGACUUUCUGGAGGAAUGGAAAGCAAAGCGCGAGAAGAUGAGAGCAAAGAUGCUUGGAGAUAUCGCCGCCGCCACCGGGAGAAACACUGAGUUAAACAACAACGGCAGCUCGGUUAACGUUGACUGCGUCUCUUCUGCGUCCUCCUAUCCGGUGGCCCGGUCUUCCUCUUCGUCCGCUCUAAAGCGACCCGAGGACGAGCCGAAGAAACCCGAGCAGCCCGGGGAAAACCUGAAGAAGACGCCGGAGAAAGUGAGUGGAGUGCCGCAGGCGGAGAGCUCGAGCCCCGCUGGUGUGGAUGACAGUGAUAAGGAGAGUCCCACACACAGCAAGAGCAAAGAGAAGAAGAGCUCGGGACCCAGUGCCAGGAAGGGCAAAGGACAGAUAGAGAAAAGGAAGUUAAGAGAGAAGAGGAGGUCAACAGGUGUUGUCAGCAUACCGUCCAGUGAGAGCUUGGAUGAGCUUGAUGACGAUGAUGGAGAAGAGAAGAAGAUGAUGGAGGAAAGUCUUACGCAGCACAACACAGUCCAGAACGAGGCGAUGACCUCUGACCCCGGAGCGGCCCACUCGAUACAGGACACUCCGAGAUCCAGAAGUCAUAAGAGCGAUGAAGACGGAAGCCGACAUCAUCCCCGACACGGAAGGGAAGGCAGUGGCGCCGCGUCCACAACCCUGGAGAGAAGGAUAGAGGAGCUAGAAAGGGAGUUGGCCGCAGAGAGACAGGAGACCAGUCACCUGUUGAAAGCCCACCAGGACAAGGACGAGAUGAUCAUGAAGCUGAAGGAGGAGAUCGACCUGCUAAACCGGGAUCUGGAUGAUAUUGAAGAUGAGAACGAGCAGCUCAAACAGGAAAAUAAGACCUUGCUCAAAGUGGUCGGCCAACUCACCAGGUAGAACCCGGUGACCCGAGGAUGGCUGAAAUGGGUCUGCGUCUAGCUGCGGCAGCCGGAGGGAUUCGUGAACGAUUCGACCGCCUCUUGCCUCUGUCCUUUACAUGUUCUGCUCUGGUCUGUUGUCGUCACUCUAUGGAAGAGGAUGCGUGCGCGCCUUGGGGAGGCUUUGAGAACCCGGACCUCUGGAUGUUGAACCAGGCUGCCCGAUGCGGUGUUACUCGAGUCCUCCUGCUUUUACGAGGGUCGUCGAAAGGAUCUCACCUUCUAUUUAAUGUAAAUGUGUGUGUACAUAGGCUACGCUGAUUUUUCCUUUUAAGACUUGCGCAGGACAACGAAGGAAGAGAGAGAGGAAAUGCCUUUGAACAUAUGGGGUCGGCAACAAAUUUAUUUUCUUUCCUUUUUAUUCUUCUAGCUCAAAUCACUCAUCGAAUCGCACAUCUUUGCUAUAUUGGGAUGAUAGACGCAUUCUGCCCUUUUUUUGUCACACUUUCAAAGGACUGCUUUUGGGAUAUUUCAGCUUCAAGGGCUCCUAUAUCAGUUAAAACUGGCCACAAUUGCCUUUAGAUUUAAAGUCUGUCUCUUUAACACACAUCACUUCUAUUACCUGUGAGUCCAAGAAGUGCCUGUUAGACAGGAGCCCAUAUCUAAACUUAAGGCCUCAUUUUAAACUGGGUAACUGAUCCUCCCCGGCGGUUGGUGGUACUAGGUGCGAUUCUGUGUUUCGGCCUCUGAGAACAUGAUGCUAUGAACGUGUUUCUGGCUUGGAGCUUGCAAAUGCUGUAAUGAAUAUUGUAAUUGUCAGAUUUUUUUUACAUUUUACAUGCUGUUCAAAUGUUUACGAGUUGUUUAAACUCUUGGUAUCAAUAGAUGUAGCUAUUCAUCAUGCACAGUUAGCGCGACAUAUAGCCUAGGCUGCUGCUGUGCAUCUUCAAAAUAACCAAAUUGAUUUAAGAUGAUAUUAAGCACGUUCAUGGAGUCUCUCAUAGCUGAAAAAGAUGGAGAUAUGACAUUACAUUAAAUUGCGAUUGCAAGGUCACCACUUUGGGGUUCAUAUCUACAUUGAAGCUAAUCUACAGUGCUAAUGAAAUGUAUUCUGUAAAGUCAUAUGACGGGGUCAUUUGUUUUUUUUUUUGGUUUUAGACUAUAUUGGGGUGGGAGAUAUCUGCAUCCCACUGCUUUACAUAAUGCAUGUACAGAAGAUUAAAUAAAAGUUUCAAUAAAAAUCUUUCAUGACAUAGCCUA